AUGUACCCCGACGUCAGUGGUAUCAAGUCCACCAAAGGCUGGCACAGCCGCAACCUCUCCAACGUCGACCGUCGCCCCACCCCCGGUCAGAUCUUUCAGCGAUACCGCGACAUGGAGGAAGAAGUUGACCCUGAGUUGAGUGCUUGGCGCAAAGCCAACCAACCCCAAAUGGAUCGCGCGGACGCUUUUUACAACAAGACCAUGAUUCCGGGUACCAAGUACGAUUCUUCCCUUGGUAAGCCUUUCCCCACGCCAAUCGGGAAGGAUGCCUCAAUUCUGUUACCCAAGCAAAAAGUCGAAACCUGCAACUCUGCCGAUGAGAAGCUCGAGUGCAACAUCACCUCGGCCGCUAGCAACGAACAACUUGAAAUUGUCUGCAAGCAGUUGCAAGACGUCAAGUUUUAUGCCGUUCCUCCCCCAACACCCUCCGGACCAUCCAGCCACACAGCUGCCAUAUUUGACCUGGAGGCUGUGGUUCAGAGUGCCCAUAUUUCUAUGCGCAACUUGCCUCUGACUUUCCCUCGCCUCGAUCGUUCGCAUGAUGGAACCAAUGACAACGAGGAGACCACUGACGAGGAAACCACUGACGAUGAGACCAAAGAGGUGGUACCUUUGCUCGAGCGUGAGGUCGAUAUGAACGGUUAUUGGAAGUAUCUGUCCGAGGAUGGUGAACUUCACGGCACUUAUGGGCAAGCCAAAAUUAACGGUGGUUUGCCAGUCACAGUUUGGAUUCCUCACAGUGCCGACGACGCGCUUGAUCCUCCUGACAUCCAAGUCUCUGGCUCUCCUCACUCCUCUGAUCUUCCUACUACUCCGAAUUCCCCCUCUGUGAACUUUUGCCAGUCCUCCAAAUGUUGCCCUUCUCGCUCAGCUGUUCCUGAGGUUGCUGGGGAAGUGAUGUGGGAAUGCGCCGAUAGUGAACAGUUCUAUUCCUCUGAGGAAGCUGGCGCCCAUGGUCGUGUAGUGUCUUAUGCUGGUUACGACGAUCAUCCCGCCAUUGACGGUUAUGUCUCCCCUUACCGGGCACGCACCCCUUCUGAUGGCUGGAAGAAUGAAUUUGAUGCGACUGCAAAUGCCCUUGGUGGCGUGCGAAGCCUUUCUCAUCGUGUGGUCCACAAUUAUGUCUCUCCCCUCCCAGCCGGUAAUCCUCUUGAUUGCUGGACGAAUGAACCUGCCCAUUUUGAGGAUCGCGACUCAAAUGCGAAUGCGACUGUUCGUGGUGGCUAUCGCAACUGGUCUCACUAUGCCCUUGACGGUGCUGGAUCUCUUGACUUGCGAGCCUGUACUCCUCCUGUCUGUGGCUGGAAGUUUGAAACCGUGGAGGAGAUGUACGCCUUCUAUGCGAAUGACCGUACCAACAGUUGCAUGGUGUCCCCUCUUUCCAUUUCACGCAAUGGCUCUGGCGACUUGACUUCGGAGUCUCAUGUUGACCAAUUUGAGCGCUCUAGGGCUCCCUCUCCGACAGUUUCUUUCUCUGACAUGGUUUCCACCUCUCGAAAGCAGUCCGCCACAUCUCCUUUCAAGGGUGAUUCUUCCACCUCGAGCUGUGCUGCAGCUGGUGCGGGAACCGCUCCUGCAUCGAGCCCUGAGUCUGCUAUCUACUCCGACCAAAAUUGCUGGGACCCUCUCAUGGACGACAUCGAAAACAUGCUCAAGAAAGAGCCCGCCACCGACUUCAACUGGACUGCCAACGUCUCCAUUCAAUUCACCAAUGGGCAACAGACUGCAGUUCACGUCCCCGAGGGCUCCGACGAUACACACAACUGUGCCGCCUCCAUCGAAGACAAUGCCGAAAGUGACACCGCCAACGUCGCUCUGAGCCAUGAGUUUAGCCUGGAGUCUGACAGCGAUGCGUUGCCACGCCGCCAUUUCAACAAGGAACUCUUCGGAAAUAACGGUUGGCUUGAUCAGACCAAUACCACAAAGACGGGCAGCAAGCGACGCGUCAGUUCAGGCCUCAAGGGACUGGGACAGACUGUGAAGGCACACAUCAAAGAUCUGACUGGAGAUGCCAAGCGAGCUCGCAUCACCACAGCCAACCCCAGCAUCGCAAUCGAGACCACCGCAGCUCUCUCUCUGAGCAUCGAGACCCAGGUCAAGCUCUACGCUGAGCUCGAAUACUUGAUUGUCACCACCGCCAACCGGUUCCUAAUGGACGAAUAUUACGACGGACACGUUUCUGAUCUCUCAAUCCGCCGCCUAAACAAGCAAUGGAUCUCCAAAAACCGCCCUGGUGUCCCUCAGUUCUGCUUCGACCAGUCCACCCAGCGUGAGCUCAUCUUCGCCAACCGCCAGAGCGUCCAGUUUGGCGGCGAUGCCUCCAACCAGCCAAUGCUACUGCAUACGAUCUUCAGCAACUGGAAGGCCGUCUGCACCGAGACGAGUGUGCGCUCUUUCUGUCUCCCCGAUGCCGCCGUGCGCAAGCACUUGCGUGACAUUGAGGGCAUCCUGGAACUCCUGCAGGCCCCUCCUUCCAUCAUGGAGACCAUGCAGACUCUGGCCAUGCGUACUCGCGAGGAGAUCCUCCAAGUUCGUGCUGCUCGUACCGCGCGUGCAUCCUACGGCUCUGGUGCUCCUGACACACCCAGCACCCCAAGCACCCCCAGCUCUCCUGGCUCGACCUUCGCCUAUGCCAACCCGCGUACUCCCACGGCUUCGUCGAUUUCGCGCUUUUCAUGUACUUCUCGGACCCCUCAUUCGCGCCGUCGUGAGGCUUCGCCAAAUUCGUGUACUCCCAAGACAUCUUUGCCUCUUCAUCAUGAUCAGAAUGCUCCAUUUGAGCCCGCUGGCUGGACUGCUGAACUUGCAGUUGGCCGUCGCCAACGUCGGACCUGGCGGAGUAUAAAUGGUCGCUAA